AAACUCGGCAUGACAAUAUCAUGAGGAUUGCAGCACCACUGCCUCGUAGGUAAACAGUAGACAGUUGAUUUGGGGCACUUCGGCUUGAUACAGCUUCUGAAGCGAGGCUUUGUUCGACGACUACGGUGCGCUAACCAGCAAGCCCAGUCCACUACAUAUGGUACUGAGCGGCCGCCCUUCUUCCCGGAAUUCAGCACCUAUAUCUCCGUUCCCGUCACAGCAUUGAUUGCUGCGUUCGUCUUGCACAAUACGAAUUGAAUGUCUGCGCGCUGCCCACUCUCUUAUCCUUUCUCAGACUACGAGGUCGCACCACAGCAGCAGCAACGGCGGAAGCUACAAGUGGGCGUCGCGUCCAACGUGGUGCUCUCCGAAUCCACGGUGUCCGUCGCCGAAGGCGGAGCCGAUGCCACCUACACGGUUUCCCUGGACGCCGACCCGGGCGCCACCGUUGUCGUCACCGUCGACAUUUCAUCCGCCUCCUCCGAUAUCUUACUCUCUGCAUCUCAGCUGUCAUUUGAUGACUCAAAUUAUGGCGAUGCCCAAUCAGUUACAGUCUCCGCUGUAGAGGACGGAGACGUUGAGUCCUUGGAAGAGGCGACGAUCACGCACUCUGUAAGUGUCUCCAGCGGGUAUACUUGGAACGGCGCCGUUUCUCCAGGGGCUGACCUGACCGCGCGGGUGUACGACAACGACGAGGCUGGCAUCGUGGUGUCCACGUCCACGCUGUACGUCGACGAGGGUGGCGACGCGGGAUACGAAGUUAAACUCAUGGGCAUGCCCUCUCAAGACGUGGUGGUGGCUGCGGCCGUGUCGAACGCGUAUGUGACCGUGACCGCGAGCCGAACCUUCACCUCAUUGACUUGGGACGACACUCAGACCUUCACCGUGUCCGGAACCGACGACGCUGUCGAGACGGCGGAGUCUUACACAGCAACCAUUAGCCACACCGCUUCCUCCAGCGACCCUCUGUUCGAUGGGACUGCUCCGUUGUUCUUUCCCUCCUCUGAGCUAUCUGUGGUGAUCUACGACAACGACGACGGGUGCUACAGAAGUUGCGAUCCUGGAGAGUGGGCUUCUGCCUGUGUCGAUAGCUACGAGUGCUCCUCCUGCAGCCCUGGGUAUUCCUGUGCUGGCAACUGCAACGACCCUGUCGCCUGCCCUGCCGGGACUUCCCUAGCGGCGUACGGCUCGUCCGACCCAAACGACUGCGAGGCAUGCCCUGACGGAUACUACAGCUCCGAGGAAGGCUCGGCUGCUUGCUCCCCGUGCGAGGCUGGUUACUAUUGCAGCUCGGCGGCGGCAGCCCCGGUUGCAUGCCCCGCCGGCGAGUUCGCCAGCGCCGGCGCCCUGACCUGCUCGGAAUGUGCCGACGGCUACUACAACCCGCUCGAGGCGCAGGGGGCAUGCCAGGAAUGCCCAGCUGGUUACUCGUGUGCCAACAAGGCCUCGGCACCGACCCAGUGCUCGUCGGGGUCGUACAGCGAAGGUGGCGCCACCGAGUGCUUGUCAUGUCCGGCUGGAUCCUACUGCUCAAGCACAGGAAGUUCGCCAGAGGUCUGCGCCAAUGGCUCGUAUUCACUAGAGAACUGGGCGUACUGCGUGGCUUGCCCAGCUGGAGCGUAUUGCAUCAACACUGAUCAGCAUGUUCACAUUCCCGUGUUGAGCGCAACGUUGCUGAAAGUCUGCUGUUGCCUCCCAACGACUAUUAGACCACAGUCGCUUCACUCAAACUCCCGCCGCCUUACCCCACUUCCUCCCGAACGCAUUGGAACCCCCCCAAUGUUGCCACAGGAGCCGACCGCAUGCUCGGCGGGCACGUCAUCCUUGGGCGACUCAACAACCUGCACCGCGUGCGCGAGCGGAACGUACUCCUCCGUCGACGGAUCCAUCGAGUGCACCAACUGCCCCGCUGGGAUGUCCUGCACCGACGUCUCUGCAGAGCCGGUAACGUGCCCUAACGGCACUUUCAGUAUGCUCGGCCAGGCUAUAUGCUCUGACUGCGACGCGGGGCUGUAUAGCAACGAAGGGGCGUCGUCCUGCUUGGCUUGUCCUGCGGGAUACUCGUGCCUCAACCCGGCGACCUCGUCGCCAACUCUGUGCGCUGAAGGAUAUUCAUCUAAUGGGGGCCUGGCUUGCAUCGCCUGCUCCGUUGGGACCUACACGGACUCCUUGCGCGACCGCUGCAUCGCUUGCCCCGCCGGGUACGAGUGCUCGGACCCCACGUUAGGGCCGGUGUUGUGCGACGAAGGCUUCUAUAGCACGGGGAACGCCAUCACGUGCACCGAGUGCCCCGCGGGGUCUUUCUGCCCCUCGCCGUUCACUGUGGCGAAGGCGUGUGGUGCCGGCACAUACUCCACAGCUGGAUCCGCGAACUGCACGGUGUGUUCCGGCGGCUCCUCUUGCGCGACCCCCUCGGACUUGCCCGUCGCUUGCUCCGACGGUUACUACUCCGCCGAGGGUGCCACCGCGUGCACCGUCUGCCCGGCCGGCUCGUACUGCCCCGGGCCUCCCCGCGACGAGGAGUCGAAGGCUUCAUGCCCGCAGGGAACGUACUCUGAGAGCGGGGCGAGCUCGUGCUCACAGUGCCCGAAGGGCCACUUCUGUCCGGAUGCCACUCUUGCCCCCGUGGCGUGCCCGAACGGCUACUACGCUUACGUCGGCAACAUGACAGCCUGUAACGAGUGCCCUGCCGGGAGUUACUGCCCUUCCGCGGAAAUGCCGCCGCAGGACUGCCCGGGGGGCUACUACAGCGAAGGUGCCACCGUGAGCUGCACCGCGUGCCCGGCCGGCGCUGCGUGCCCAACCACCGCCACAGGCUAUAUUUCCUGCAGCCCUGGAACCUUUUCAGUGGGCCUUGCGACCAACUGCACCUCGUGCCCCCCGGGGUAUUACUGCCCGAACACGGAAGCCGCGGAGUUCUACGAAUGUCCGGACGGAACCUAUUCCACGGGAGAUGCCAGCUCGUGCGAGAUCUGCCCUCCCGGUUACUACUGCCCCCUCAAAACGGUGGACGCAGAGCUACCGUGCCCCGACGGUACCUACUCGACCGGCGGGGCGAGCAACUGCACGGCCUGUGACGCGGGUUUCACGUGCGCAGCGGACGGGACUGGUCUCGUGGCGUGCGAGGCGGGAUACUACUCGCAGGCCGGGGCGAUGGAGUGCGUGGCAUGCCCAGCGGGGAGCUACUGCCCGUACACGACGAACGCCGGAUACUACUGCCCCUACCAAGACAGCGACCAAGAUCUCCCGUGCUUGUCCGGGACAUUUGCGGUGGGGGGCAAGCACGUAUGCACGGAUUGCCCCGCUGGAUUCACUUGCAGCCUUCUCGGAGAACCUUUGUGCACCAAAUGUCCGGCGGGCUAUCGCUGCCCGCUCGCGAAGGACAGCCCCAUCGCCUGCGACCCCGGCUACUACAGCACCGCCGCCUCAACCAACUGCACGUCCUGCCCUGCCGGUUACUUCUGCGACGACCCCGAGGCCCUUCCCCAGCCGUGCGAGGUCGGAUACUACAGCGGAGGCGGCACCGCAGUUUGCUCGGCCUGCCAGCCUGGGUACCGCUGCCCCGAGGCCUCUGUCAGCGCGACUCCCACCGGUUCGGAGUGUCCUGAGGGCACCUACUGCAACCCUGCGCGGACCCUUCUCGAGUGUCCAGCGGGAACCUAUGGCAACGUUACCGCCGCCGCAAGCCUGGAAGAGGGUUGCCAGGCUUGCACAGAGGGGUACUACUGCACCGACACAGGGAACACGCUGGCGACCCGCACGGUCUGCCCGGCGGGCCACUACUGCCCCGUGGGGUCCUCCUCUCCGUCCGCCUGCGCAGCUGGCAUGUACAGCGCCAGCACCGGGGCAUGGUCGAGCAACGCGUGCCAAGAAUGCGAUGCUGGGUACUACUGCACAAGCGGUUCCAGUUCAGCCACGUCGAAGCCUUGCCCGGCGGGAUACUACUGCCCGGUGAACACGCCCUCUUCCACCUCCUAUCCCUGUCCCGAGGGUACCUACUCGGGAGCGACGGGCAACACGUUGAGCUCCCAGUGCUCAAUUUGCCCGAUCGGCACCUACUGUUUGGCGGGCUCCACGUCCCCGACGAACUGCUUGCCGGGCACCUAUCAGCCGUCUGAGGGCGCGACAAGUCCCAGUGCGUGCCAGCAGUGCGAGCCUGGGUGGGCGUGCGAGUCUGCCGCCAUGUCUGUGAUGACCACGCUGUGUGACCCAGGACACUAUUGCCCUAAGGGGACUUCGUACGCCGACCAGUACCCGUGUCCCGCUGGGACGUACACGGACGAAACAAACCUCACAUCUGCAACCCAGUGCAGCAUGCAACAGAACAAGCGCGUAGUAAACAUCCAACUCUAUUCGAUUGAACACUACAGCGACUGCCCUGAGCGAUUUGCGUGCUUCUCCGGAUCGACCUCCAACGACUGGUCCCCCUGCGGCGAGGGCCACUGGUGCCCGGAAAACACACCCACUAGGACGUCGUACCCUUGCUCCGCGGGGUCUUUCACAAACCGUACGGAUCUCGCCGCCGACUCGGAAUGCUACCCGUGCCCUCUUGGCGAGUGGUGCGGUGGCAGCGGCUCACCCGAGCCGGACGGACCAUGUGAGGCCGGGUACUACUGUCCUCUGCGGACUGCAGCGGCGACGGACUUUCCCUGCCCCGCGGGAACUUUCUCAGACUCGACCUCGCUGUACCUCGAGGCACAGUGCGAGGACUGCCCACCUGGGUUCUACUGCCCAGAAGCAUCAACGCAGAUCGAACCGUGCCCGGCGGGAACUUUCAGCCCGUACAACGCCACCGAGGACGCGGGUCCGGACUCAUUCCCGAGCUGCACGGUCUGUCCUGCUGGAAGCUAUUGCGUGGAAGCAUCGGUGAAUCCUGUAGCGUGCGGGGUUGGUAUGUAUUCCAGCUCGGGGGCUGACGCGUGCUCUGUAUGCGAGGCCGGCCACUACUGUGGCAGCAACGAGACCAGUGCGGUGGAUAUGAUCACGGGUGCAGGCAGCUGGGACCUGUCGUCCCACAGCUCCGGGAUGUGCUUCAACGGAACGUACUGCGCGGCGGGGAUGACGCGCGCCCCAGACCUAGCCCGCUACGCUUGCCCGGCGGGACACUACUGUCCCGCGGGAGUUUCAUCCCCAUACCCCUGCCCUUCGGGCACGUACAAUCCCCACACCGGAAGAGACGACCUGGAAGAGGAUUGUCUCAUCUCGCUGGAGGGGUACUAUACCAUAGAGGCGUCCACGAACAUGACAGGGGCUUGCGAUCCGGGAUACUAUUGUCCGGCUGGAUCAACAGGGCCGCAGCAGGUACCGUGCCCCGAACGAUUCUACCGAAGCUCCUCUGGUGCUGGCAGCCAGGAUGACUGCGCUUAUUGUGUUUCUGGAGGGUACUGCCCAUCCGGAUCGACAGAGCCCAUCGAUUGCCCCCGCGGGUUCUACUGUGUGCAUGGGGUUGCGGAGCCGGAGCCCUGCCCCUUGGGAACCUACGGGAACACCACCGGCCUAAGAAAAAUAUCAGAUUGCAACGAUUGUGAUCCGGGUAGCUACUGCGACCAGCGCGGCCUGACUAACCCGGCCGGCCUUUGCGAUCCGGGGUACUACUGCCUGGACGGUUCGUACACGAGCGCACCAAACGCGCCAGGGUCUCCGCUGUCUAUCGAGGACACCGAUAUCGGCGGCCUCUGUCCCGGUGAGGUGUGGGGUAGGGCAAAGAGGGGGAGUUCGAACAUCAAGCUAGGUACACAUCGAAAAGAUGCGAGAGCAAAGGGACAAAGGGCGUGGGCUUACCAAGUCAUGCUAACUGUUAUCUUACCUGAAUCUCGUUGUCACCGCGUCGUGAAUGCCAACAAAUGCGGCGCAAACUCGCACAAUCUCAACACGAUCAAACCAGCUGGGGGGUACUGCCCUAUCGGAUCUUCGUACCAGCAGCCUUGCCCGCAUGGCACUUACAACAACUUCUCCGGAGCGGCCGACCCGGCCGACUGUUCCGACUGCCCCCCUGGCUUCUACUGCUCUGGUACGAGUAACCCGGCCCCGACCGGCGGGUGUUACGCGGGCCACUAUUGCACAGGAGGUGCCUCGACCCCCACCCAGAACCGGACGGACAGGGGAUACUAUGCCCCUGUUGGGGCUGCUGUUCAGUAUCCGUGUGAGCCUGGAACGUAUAAUAACGAGGAGGGAGAGUGGAAGAGAGGCGCGGAAAGGAAGAGAGAAGAGAGACUAGAGAAGAGAGACUAG